AUGCAGGCCAGCCCCAUGAGCAUGCCCCGAGGCACUGCUUCUCAACAUCUGCGAGACAGCAAUGCAGCUGAACGCGAGUCCACAAAGGAAGGGCAGGCUGGGGGCACGUUUCGAUCCAAGGCCAACGUUCUCUCUGGACAGCCUGAUAUGGAGGCAUUGGCUGCAUCGCUGCAAGCGAGAGACUGCAUGAAUGAUAACCGGAUGGACCCUGGGCUUGGUUCAGGCUUCUUACCCGGAGAGGAGCGAGUCAGACAGCUCACUAUGAGACGACAGAACUGCAUGUGGACUUUCAUCUUCGCAAUUCUUGGCGUUGUGUUGGCUGUUACAGACAACGAAAUUCGAUGGGAUAGCCUUGAUGACUUUUACAAUGUCACAAAGAUUUCCUUCACUUUGAGAGUGCUUGUUGUCACCACGACUAUUCUUACUCUAUAUUUCCUAUACAAAUACUAUGAGACCUUGAUCAACCUGCGACGGCUUUCAGGUAUUCGACUGCCUCCUGGAGUCAGCAUCUCCAGCCUCAAGGGAGGAGGAUACUGGUCUCAGUUCCUUAUCGAUGUCCUCAUCAUGUUACCUCAACCACUCCCUCUUCUGGAUGUGAAUGUCACGAUCUGGAACAAGGGGUUGGGCCGUGCGUCAAUCUACGAGUUGAACAGCAUCCUUUGUUGCCUUAUGUUUGUAAGGUUCUUUUACGUGCCGCGUUUCUAUGGGGAGUGCAUAUCAGAUCUCCAGUCGGAAUCAACAGUUGCCCUGGGAAGGAUGAAUAGAGUCAAGAUCGACGAGAGCUUCAUUCUGAAGUAUGUCAUUGCGAACAGCAUGCAGGUUGUCAUAGUGCUUACUCUCCUGCAAAUCGUCAUGUUCGCAUACAUGAUGAUGGUGUUCGAACGAGUCGUCGACAACGGCGCCCUCCAGCAUUUUGCGAACUGCGUUUGGCUGACGAUCAUCACCAUGACGACGGUGGGGUACGGCGAUGAGUUCCCUACCACCUUGCUCGGCCGAAUGGUUUCUGUCAUGGCGUCUAUCGUAGCGGUUGUCAUGCUAGCAAUCACUGUCAACCUGGUGAUAGCGAAGUUGACUCUCUCCCGCGCCGAGUCGAAGGUGAUCGCCGUCAUGGACAAGAUCACCCUCCGCAAGGACCUCAAGCACAAGGCCGCUGUCGUCAUCCAGCGUUGGAUCAGGGCUCACAAGGAGUACAUGGAGGGGGAGCGACGAGGGAGCACCCGAGGAGGCUAUAUGAUGAUCCCGGACUUCAAGUCUGCGAGGAGAAAGAACAUGGAUCUUCGAGCGCAAGUCCUGUCAAACCUUCCGCUUCUUGAGAGCAUCAACGAUUUCAAGGAAACGAGUGACGAGAGUUUCUCCAACAACCUUCAGACGGACGUUCCUGAGCUGGUGGGUAACCUGUCCAGCCAGCUAGUCCAGCAGGAGAAGAGGAUCCUCGAGUUGAACAAGAAGGCCGAGGAGGUGAAUAAUUUGGUAGCGAAGCUGUUGGCCAAGAAGAAACAGGACACCUUACAACGGUCACGCGCUUGA